AUGGCUCAUGGCGUGGAUCUUCCCGUGUCAAUCCACCAAGGGGUGCACCCAGAACACCUCGAGAAGGGGACCGCGGGGAUAAUCGACUACUUCAAGAAGCAGCUGUUGUCGAAGUGGUUGAAGUCGACCAAGCUCCUCGUAGUGUGCUACGACCGCCAAGAACUAGUGCCGGCAAUCAAAGGACACGAGCAGCUUGGGAGGACCGAGAAACUUGGAGAGUGCUCUCGGACCUUCGACCCGAAGUCAACGGAUCCGGUUCCUUCGUUACAGUGUGGGUCAUGGCUUCGAGCCGAUGGUGUAAAUGCCGAGGAUGUAGGCCUCGAUGGGGUCGGUAGCAGGAUGGCGCUUGCAGAAACAGUACUACUCCUACACUUUCGAAACGGAACCGGCCCGAUCCCUGACGUCGAGCGGCAUCGUGGGCCAGACAUCCGCGAGGCGGAGCUCUGCGUGAUACACUUCAUCGCCCGGGCGAAGGCGUACUGGGGCAAAAAGUUCGACAAGUGGGUCGUUUCAUCAGAAGACACCGACCUAUGGACGAUCAUUUUACUGGCGAUGACCACUGGUUGGCUGACGCCUCGUGGCGAGGGGACGGUUGACUUGACCGUCCAUUGGGUCGUGGGUGGCGAGACCAAAUUCCUGUGGAUGAACAGAAAGUUCGUCAGAAUCUGCGAACUCCAGGACGGAAGCGAAUCCGCGUGGCCGCCUUUGACCUUCAGAAGCUGGAGGCCCACGGACGCCGACAAGGUGCUCGCUCUGAAGAGCGUGCGGACGGAGGGUUUGUUCGACAAGCCGUUGUUCUUCGAGGACCAGGACGGCUCGUGGGCCGUAGAUAUCGACGAAUGCGCGAAACUUUUGGCCACACUGUUUGUCUACAACUUGAUCCGCUACGCCAUCCUCCAACUCCCCAAGAAGAAGACGACAGCCACCUGUCCGUCUUAUUUUGCCUUACGCAUGCAGGCAGAACGGGGUAACGCCAUCUUCAGGUACUGGCAGAAUGGCCUGAGGGAGACCAUGCCGGCGACCGAGUUUGCCGGCAAAGGAUGGGGCGUCGACCCACGAGGAAAGGGGAGCAACGGCGACGAACUCACAGCCGGGAACUGCGUGCUUCGGUUGUCCGAGUAUUCGUACAUCGGCCCUGACCGAAAGACAGUCACGUUGGCGUGCGGUUGCAAUCCGGAAAUGUACCUGUGCAACAGGUGCAGGUGCAAGGACAGGAAGUGCUCGCUCGCUUGCGGCUGCAGAGGUCUUUGCACCCUCCGUUGGGCGGUGCCGGCACCCGUGCGAGCAGGGGGGAUGUCUGCGUCCCGUCCUACGGUGGAUGCUUCUCAAACUGGGCCGAUCGAGGGUGUCGCCCGACCCCAACCACCCAUCGACACUCGACCACAGCCAUCCGGGCUUGAUGCCAAUGCCAUGGCACUCUUUGCCGCCUCUAUGAAGCAGCACGAAUCGCACGGAGCGGAACAGAACGACGAGGAGACGGGGACUACGGAGUCACCUGCGAGCAAAGGCGUUUCCUCCGGCGAGGCCGCGGAUUCGGAGAACGACGAGCUGGAGGGCCCUGAGUCGGACGAGAACAGCGACGGUUCGGUCGGUGCACUCGACGACUUGAUCAAGUUGGAUUCCGACGAAUCUGGCUCCAGCGAUGGGGAAUCUGACGUGUUGAGCGAGAAGAGCGUCGACCAGGCCUGGAGUGACGGAGACACAGAUGAUGGUGUUGGGAUCUCGUACUCGACGCCUGGAACUGAGAUCUGGCUACUACUUCAGGCAGGUGCGUGUUACGUUCAUUGA